AAACGGACGAGUUUGGAAUAAAUAAAGCUUUCAGACAUAACAUUCAUCUGUAUCUCCGCCGUGGGGCUUUUCGAUCGGAGCAAACAAGCUCUCCUUUGUGUUCAUUCAUCUUCCAUGGGCGAGGAUAGGAAGCCAACUUGGAAGACCGUACCUCAAUUUGGAGGGUGGGAUCAGAAUCAUGGGGGAGAUGGCGGUUAUACCAACUACUCCGUGGUGUUCUCGCGAGCACGGGAAAACAAGAAACAACAGAUGACUAACAUUCCUCGCCCCACCUUUGAAUUUCAACAGGAGAUUGUUAAACCCGAGAGAUGGCACCACGAAGAAGACAAUUAUGUUAUGAGGAAAAAGAAGAAGCGAUCUUGCCUUACUUGUUGUAUAAGUCCUUGACAUUAUUUUUCAUAAAUACAAUCACACUAUAAAGUUCUUAU